AAGAUCAAUUGGUAAUUGGAAUCCUCUAAUGAUUUGUCUAAUUAACACCAAAAUUUCUAUUUGAUGAUAUCCAAGAAUAAUGGACAGUUGGAACUUUAUUUGUUGUUUCUUUCAGAUUGAAGGCAUUCAAACUAUGCAGAUCAACAAGACAAUAGUGAAAGAAUUCAUCCUCGUUGGCUUUUCUCUUUACCCAGAUAUACAGAUAUUACUAUCUGUGAUAUUCUGUUGCCUCUACCUUCUCACCCUCAUGGGUAAUCUGAUCAUCAUGGGUCUAACAUGGGUGGACAGAGCCCUCCACACCCCUAUGUACAUCUUCCUGAGUGUACUCUCCUUUUCUGAGACCUGUUACACAUUGAGCAUCAUCCCCAAAAUGCUGGCAGAUAUACUGACUGAGAACAGAAGCAUCUCAGUCAUAGGUUGUGGCUUACAGAUGUAUUUCUUCUUAGGACUUGGGGGCACUAACUGCAUCAUCCUCACUUUAAUGGGAUAUGAUCGCUUUCUGGCCAUCUGCAACCCUCUCAGAUACUCACUGCUGAUGACCAACAUAGUAUGUGGACAACUUGUGGCCUCUGCUUGGGCUGCAGGCUUCUUUAUCUCUCUGAUAGAGACGGCACUGAUAUUCGGAGACUUUUUCUGCAGUCCCAACCUUGUCAAACACUUCUUCUGCCAUAUGCGUGCAGUUGUGAGAUUAUCCUGUUUAGACAGCAGCCUCAUAGAAUUCAUUGUAACAUUGAUCUCAGUAUCAGGUUUGCUGGGUACCUUCCUUCUCAUUAUCCUCACUUAUGUCUUCAUUCUUUCCACUGUACUCAGGAUCCCUUCAGCUGAGGGAAAGCAGAAGGCAUUUUCCACCUGUGCCUCCCACCUCACAGUGGUCAUAAUCCAUUUUGGUUUUGCAUCUAUUGUUUACCUGAAGCCAGAGGCUUCAUGGGGAGAUGACACACUCAUAGCUGUUCCUUACACUGUUAUUACUCCUUUCCUCAGCCCCCUCAUUUUCAGCCUCAGGAAUAAGGACAUGAAGAACGCUUUUAGAAAGGUGGUAGGAAAGAUAAUAAUCUAG